CAAAACCCCCAUUUCCAUCAUGUAUCCAUUGCUGCUGCUGCCUUUUCUUUUACUUUUCCCCUUGGGCUGUUUCCCUGUGUCUCUUCCCCUUUGUCGCAAUUCAUGUGGUCGUAUCCACAUUGACUAUCCUUUCGCCAUUGAUGACGGCUGUGGUUCACCUCUCUACCGGAACAUGUUUAAUUGCUCCACCACCUUUGCAUCCACAUCCAACACAUCUACAUCUACAUCCACUGCCACUGCCACUGCCACUGCCACUGAUCUCUUUUUCCAGACUCCCUCUGGCUCCUACAAGGUAGAGACCAUCGAUUAUGCCUCCAAAAGCCUUACCAUCUAUGACCCCUCCAUGUCCACCUGCACCAUCCUCCAACCCCAUCAUGACUUUCUCAUGUCCGACCUCCAAUUUGCUAUCAUCCCUCCUUCUCCUGAUACCAUCUUUGCUCUCCUCAACUGCUCCCUCGACUCUCCCAUUCUCAACCACUACAAAUCCCUCUGCUUCGACAACUACCACUCCUGUGAUGACUUGUACGCUUCAUGCACCUCCUUCAAGAUCUUUCAGAUGCUCUCCAACAACACUCCUCCCUGCUGUUUUACAUCUUACACCACCCUCAAGUUUAUGAGCAUCAACAUACUGGAUUGCACACAUUAUACCAGCUUCUAUGAUGCCGAUAAGCUGAACAAGCCCUUGGAUUGGUCGUAUGGUAUAAAGCUGUCCUAUGGUUUGGCGGAUACAGGGUGUGAUGGGUGUCGGAGAUCCGGUGGGACUUGUGGGUUUGAUGUUGAGACCCAAGGACUGCUCUGCAUUUGCUCCCCCACCCUCAACUCCACAAGAGAAUGUGGUGCAGGUACAACAGAUGCGGGGGGCAGAGGAGGGGAUGGAAAACGAUUAGUGGUUCCAUUUCUGAGACUAAUUACCACCAUUGCUAUUGCUACUGCUUUUGCUCUCUUGUAAUGUUAAACGUGAAAGCUUUUUACAAGAAGCAUUUCCAUGGUCC